AAUGUUCACGAAACGAUCAGCACUAAGUGUUGCUCUUAUUCUAAGUUCCCUAAUCACAACUCUCUCCUUCCAACUUGAGAGUUCUACACGAUUUUGUCAUCUUCAGUCUUACAGAAUGAGUAUAACGGACUCAACUUGUGAAAAUAGUCGAAUUAUUUCAUCAUCUAAAUGUGCUGGUGGCUGCUACUCUACUACAGAUAUUCUUAGCGAAAAUCCGAGAGAAUUAUUCGAAGAAUGUUCCUGCUGCGUGCCUUCUAAACUAUCUCAUCAAAUGGUUGAACUAGAUUGUUAUCCUCCUUAUAAGAAAAUGUUCAACAUAACCAUUAUUGAAAAAUGUUCAUGCAGACACUGUGAUUAA